AUGUCCACCAUCGACCCGUACGACAGAAUCGACGACCGACGACAUCGAUCCCACCGACACAGUCGAGAUGACCGCGAACCCAGAUACGUCGAGACUGAAGAAACAUAUGUCAGAGGCGCUCCAGCGGUACCAGAAGCCCCCUACGCCGCUGUCCGUCACACUGAAUUAGUCCGUCGGCCUCAUCGCGAAGAUAGCGAUCUAUCAAUCGAAGAAGUCCGACGUGACUUCCCACCGCCAGGCUCUCGUUCUAUAGCACGCGAUGACCGGUACGGCCCGCCAGUCCGCUCUCGCUCUGCCGAGCGUGGCUACGGAGACUACCUCGACGACCCACGACGCUCAUACCACGACGAUGACCGACGAAGCCGCAAGAGUCAAUUAUAUGCCGAUCAAGAAGUGGUGAAGCCUCGUCGCCGCUCGCUUUCCCGAAACCAAAAGAUCAUAGCCGGAGUUGGUGGAGCAGCUCUUGCGCUUGCUGGCAAAGAACUUUGGGACCGAAAACAAUCAGACGGCCGCCCCGUCUCCCGAAACCCACUCCAGUCAGCCGCCGUCGGUGCAGCGGGUGCCUUUGCAGCUUAUGAAGGAGCAGAAAUGUAUUCGAAGCAUGGUGGAAAGGAGAAGAUCAAGACAUACAUUGCUCACAAAGAUCGAGACGGCGAUGUCGAGGAAUAUUACUCCUCCGAGGAAGAAAAGCCAAAAACCAAGAGUCGCCGCAAGUCUAUUGUCGAAGGCGCUCUUGGCCUUGCAGGUCUAGGUGCAGCUGCCAAAGCUGCAGGAGGAAGCGGUCGUAGCCGACGUGGAAGCGGUGACAGUCACCGCUCUACAAGAAGCCGAUCCCGUGCUGGCGGACGUGGCAAAUCUCCCGAAGGUGCUGCCAAAUUCCAACAAGCUGCUAAGGCUGCUCUCUUAGCUGGAGCUACAGAGGCUUUCCGGGUACGAAACGAACCAGGAGGUUGGGGUGGGGCUAAGGGCAAGCGUAUUCUUACUGCUGCCAUCGGAGCUGGUAGUAUCGAUGCUGCUGCAGACCGUAACCCGGGUCAACAUGGCAAACGUCACAUCCUCGAGGCUGUGGUAGGAGGCCUUGCUGGUAACCGCCUGAUCAACGGCUCGAGAAAGGACGUGGAAGACGACGACGGGCGCUCGAGUAGGGGUGGGAGAUCCCGCUCAAGAGCCCGCUCAAGGUCCAAGGGACCAGGUGGAAGCGGUUCCGGUGCAGGUCUCGCUGCUCUCGCAACGGCCGGUAUAGGAGCACUAGCUGGAAAGAAACUUUUGGACCGCUCGAGAUCCCAAUCCCGCGCUGGCGAUCAUAGAUCUCGAUCCAGAGGCGGUGGACGACGCAGAGGCAGCCCAGAUUCGUAUGAUAGCCGCAGCCCGUCCCCAAAAGCUGGGAAAGACCGUCACAAGAGAAGCAAGAGUGUCACGGAUUACGCUAGAAAAGGUCUUGCCGCUAUUGGACUCGGAGAAGCAGCGAGCGAGUCCGGUGGUCGCGACAGAGAUGUGGAGUAUGAGGAAACUCGAGUUCAUAAAUCAUCUCGACGACGACGUGAUAGAUCAGAAGAUGACGGCUACGAACCAAGAAGUUCUCGUGGCUCCCGCGACGAUGGGUACAGUCAAAGAGGCUCUGGCGGUGUAUACGAUGACCCACGCUAUGCAGACUCUCGCUCAAGCAACCUUGGCUCGACACGAGAUGGUGGCGGCGGCCGCAGGUCUGGAGCGCAGAAAAAACAGGGUAGAAAAGAUAGGCGAGUCGCUGAAGGAAAGCAAGACGAGUCGGAUUCAGAUAGUCUAGGAUCCUCGUCGGAAGAUGAGAAAAGGGUUAAGAAGAUGAAAGGUAAGCAACUUCUUACGGCUGGUUUGGCCACUGUUGCAACUAUCCAUGCUGCACACAACAUCUAUCAGAGUAUAGAGAAGCGCGAUGCGCGGCACCGAGCAGUUCAGGAGGGCGAGAUGACACCUGAGGAGGCACGGAAGCUCAAGGCCAAGGCAACGCUCCAAGAUGCAGCAUCUGUCGGUAUUGCGGCCCUCGGUAUCAAGGGCGCCAUCUCAGAGAUCAAGGAAGCCAAUGAGAUGCGCCACGAAUGCAAAGAGCUCAACGAUAAGAAAGCGGAGCGUCACCAGAAGCGACUUGAACGACGAAAGAAGUUGGCCAGUAGCACCAGUGGAAGCAGACGCGGCGAUGACUACAGACGCGAUGAUGACUACUACGAUCAAGUUCCAAGUGGUCGUCGUAUUGAGUCUGGAGGGCCUCGCUACACUGAUGGCAACCCCUACUCAACAGGUCUACCUGCUCCUCCUGUUGGCUAUGAUAGGAGAUAG